AAAUAGCUCAAAAGGUAGAUUGUUUAUUUCCCAUAAAAUAAUGACUGAAUAUUCCGGCACCAAUUUGGCUGCAACUAAUCACAAUCUCGCAAUAAUUACUGAAUGCAGAUUGUUUAUCCGAUUUUGCAACCCUUCGUCUCAUCACCUUCUAAAGCUGGGAAUAAAUUAGGGACCCAAAAAAACGCCAAAAACAAACAACAACAGCGUGCCUAAAAAGGUGAAUGAAUAUUCUAGACAUCGUAGUAGGUUUCCAUGUCCUUGGAAACGACACGACAACGAUUGUUUGAAACUUUGCGGUUUCCGAACCGGGAGUUUGUUUACCUGUCGUCUCCAUGGAGUGAAUGAAGGGUGGCGAACCAGACGACCACGAGACCAACGACGCCGACGACGCCGACUGGAUUUGCCACAGGAUACUCGUGCCAGGAAAGUUUCCACCUGAUUGAAUCAGGACACGCAAGCCUUAAGGAGGAACUGUUUGUAACUGCGUGGGUUCACCUUUAAAGGAGGUAUCCUUGCGGCGCAUCGCUUCUGAGCAAGGGACACAAUUCUGUUGGGACCAGAACAAAUCAGAAGUUUAAGCGGAUAACAUCGAAUAAAAGCUGCCUCGAAAUGAGCGGUGACAAGUUGGAUGAUGAAAAUUUUGAAGCCUCCAUGGGCAAGGUGGACGAAGUAAUGAGAAUUCUCAGCAUGAUGACCAGCGGCGAAAAGGAUAAGGAACAAAUGGGGAUGGCAUUCGCGGAAAAGCUACUAGGAGAAGAUAAGAAGCAGCUGGAGAGUAUCGAUGUGGACAACUUCAUUGUCCGGGUCAACCAGGAACGAACUGUGGUUAACAAGCGGGACGACGAUUCGCUAGACAAACCGACAACGGACAAAUUUGCUUUCAUGGCCGAAAUGGAACGGGACGCGGCUCGACGAGCGGCGGAGCGAAAGGAACGAGAGCAGACGGCACAGGGUUUGCGAAGUGCGGGAAACCGAGCCUUCCGCAAAGGCGAAUACGAAAAGGCAAUCAGUCUCUAUACCAAAGGUAUCGAUCAAAUAAGGGACAGUCCGAUUUUAUACAACAACAGGGCUCUGUCAUAUAUCAAGGUGCAGAUGUACAAACGAGCGAUAAUCGACUGCGAUUUUGUCAUCAGCAAGUUAGACGAGAAGAAUCUUCGAGCGUGGAUUUACAGGGCACAGGGUUACUUUUUGUUGGGAGAAACUCGUGCCUAUGAGAAAAGUAUUUCCGAAGCCCGGAAACACAACCCCAAGGAGUGGGAUUAUAUCGACAGGAUUGUGGCGAAGAUUGAGGGUAAGGAAAGGGCCGCUUCCGAGACCACCAUGGAUACAGAGGAGGCUGCAGGAGCUGGCAGCGAAGGGCUGGAGCGACCGCUGCCAAUGGAUGAUGUUCAAUCGAAUUCAUCUAGUGAUAUGUGAAUUUCAAUCCAGUUUUUAGCUAGUUAUACACGCUGCUUUUGGCACUUAGUUAUUGCGAAAGAAAUACAUUUGUGAACACGGAGAUAUCGUGGUUUUCUUU